AUGCCCGAGUCAGAUCGGGUGAAAACCUGUGAGAACUGCGUCCGGGCUAAGAUCCGGUGCGCUCAUACCCCGGACUCGCUAAGCUGCGACCGAUGUCGUCGGUUGAAAAAGGAAUGUUAUUUUCGACCCUCGAGGCCACGAGGCCAUCACAAGAAGCGGACGACGCGCAUCGAGGCCCUCGAAGACAAAAUUGAUCAAAUAAUGGAACAGAUUAACCCGCGUUCAGAUCAUAUUUACCCAACCCCUAAAAGCAAUGAUGGGAGUAACUACAAUAAUCGAGUUUGCGAUGUAAUCGACAAAGGACUGGUCAGCAAUGAACUCGCAAACAUCUUACUAGAUAACUACCGGGAAGCAAUGCAAUACUUUCCCUUUGUGAUGCUACCCGGAAGAAUGACAGUCAAAGACUUGAGAACUGAGAAACCAUUCAUACUCCUUUGCAUCUUCGUGAUCACGUCAUUCCGAGAUCCCCCUCUGCAACAAGCCCUGGAAGAUAUUCUCAAGUCUUAUAUCGGGGAUGUCAUUCUUCAUUCUCCACAUGAUAACCACCCCAAUGCACUGGAGACGUUCCAGGGAUUAUUAAUCGUCUUGUCUGGAUCUCGCCAAUUAUACCAAUUAUGUCGUUUCAGCAGCUACAUACACAUCGCAAUAAGCAUUAUGAAUGAUGCAAGAAUGGAUCGUCCACCCAAGUACCGAGUCGCGACCCGGAUUGAUAUCGAGGGUGAGUCAGAUCAGACCGGAUCAGCAUCUAUACCAGGAUCGGUUUCCAUAGCCGAUGAGAGCAGGGCUUUGAUCGGAUGCUUUUUGCUCAAUUCAACGCAUGCGAUCAUUAUGCAGAAAACUUGCACGUUGCCCUGGUCACCGUUCAUCGAAUCAUGUGCUGCAACAUUAUCGGCGAAAUGCGAAUAUCCCACAGAUCGGUACAUGAUAUAUUAUGUCCAGCUACAACAUAUGCUGGAACGCAUGAAUUUGUUGACCACGAAAAGUAUUGAGGGUCAUCCGGAUGUAGAGCUGCAACUCCAAUCAUUCCGAGCCGAGGUGGAGGAGUACAAGAAUCAGCUACCUAUUCCACCCACCUGUGAUCUCCUCAUCGCAAUACAGUACCAAACACUAGAACUUCAACUCUGCCAAAUCAGCCUCCUAGAUAACAAACAUACCUCCACACCAGGUGACGGCUUCGUCCUAGUCUCUCGAAUCGACACGUUAUGCCACGGUCUCGCCGCCGCAAAACGUUUCGUCGACUUCUACUUCACCUUACCGCCCACAAUCGAAAAGAGCUACAGCAUCCUCAACUGGCUGCAAACUGGAUUUAUCGUGGCGGCGGCAUGUAAGCUAGUCAUCGUGUCUCUGGAUCCGUCGCUGAGGUACAAUGUCCAAGUUGAGGAGCUGCGUGAGGCGCUGCAGUUGCCCAAGGUGCUGCAAUUUUAUGUGCAGAGGCUUCAUGAGGUGGCCGAGACUUGUAAAGAUGGGGAAUUUGCGCAUUAUCAGAAGUGGCUGCUUGCUGCCUCGGUAUGGUUUGAGAAGACUUAUCGGGCUGCUAGUAUGGAGGUCUCGACUAAUGCCGGCGCGGAACUGUCGGUGGAGGGGUUGGAUUUUUCGGAUUCUAGUCCUGGGCAGUACGCUUUACCGGACCCUUCAAUAUUUGGGUUGGACUUGGACAUGACAAUUGAGGAGUUGAUGAGUGGCUGGAUGGGGCCUUUGAGAAUGGGUAUGGAUAUUCGAUAA